AUGAUCCUGUUAGUUUUGGUAUGGAUCGCAAUAUUGGCGGUAGCACUCGUUGAAUUUGGGACCUAUCUAUGGAAUCGGAAACAGGAUGCAAUUUUUGCGGCUGAGAGCCAUGAGUGUUGUGAAGAUUCGGCUUCUAUUUGUGAGGCAUUGAUAAAGUCGCCUUUGCAGCAAACUGCGGCCCAUGAGGGUGAUAUUAUGUCGUCGAGUGAAUACGAGUCGGAUUAUGAUUCUGAUUCUGGAUCUGAGUCGGACUUCGAGGAAUACCAACUGGAUGAACGUCUUGAUAUCUAA